CCGGGCUCGACUAUUGUGCACUCGUAUCCUUCACUCAUCUCCGUGACGAAUUUAUAGAGCAUUGUGUGUUCUGCGAUAAAAGAGUUUAAUCAGUGGAAAUUUCAAUCAGUUUCGCGAAUGCUGGACGCAAACGUGAUUUCGUAAUGAAUUAAUAUUUGUUUGUUUGUUCAGUAUGGAGAGACAAUUCAGACGUUCUAUUUAUAUUUUCUAUUGUGACUCCAAUGGCUGGACAGAAGCUACUGAUCACGCGUGGCUGCACAAACAACUCCAACACUAGUAACAAUUGCGUCAAGUAAUUCUCUCUCAAUUUGACGUACAUAAAAUGCCGGCAGUGAAAAGAGAUAUUCCGCUCACAGCGGAGAGUCAAAAUGCGGCACGCCCUGUUAACAGCUCUCAAAUCCCUGCUACAUUGCCAAAUGAAAUAUUGAAAUCGGUGACAACCAGCGAAGAGUCUAUUACUGCAGGCGUUUCGGAAGCUCCAACAGAGUCGACAGCGAAGAAUAUCGCGACAAAGAUAGAAAAUGUUGGUGAAGAGAUAGCAGCUGCAACAGGCAUCCCAACAUGGGGAGUAGUGGCUAUCUUCAUAGCUGUCGGCGCAAUAGUCCUCGGUAUCUGUUUCUGCUGUAUAAGAAGAUGCUUCCGCAAGCGUCGGUCAAAGGACGGCAAGAAGGGCCUGAAAGGUGCUGUGGACCUGAAGAGCGUACAGCUCCUCGGUGGAACGUACAAGGACAAGGUACAGCCCGACAUGGAGGAACUGACGGACAAUGCCGAGGAGCCGGACGAAGCUGAGAGCAAACAGAGCGAGGUCAAGCUCGGAAAACUCCAGUACAAGCUCGAAUACGACUUCAAUUCGAACAGUUUAGCUGUGACUGUCAUCAAGGCUGAGGAUCUACCUGCACUCGAUAUGGGUGGCACUUCAGAUCCUUACGUUAAGGUUUAUCUUCUUCCUGAUAAGAAGAAGAAGUUUGAGACUAAAGUGCACAGAAAGACACUCAAUCCUGAGUUCAAUGAAACUUUCACGUUCAAGGGUGUUCCAUAUGCUGAUGCCAUGAAUAAGACCCUCGUAUUCGCCAUCUUCGAUUUCGAUAGGUUCUCGAAGCACGAUCAAAUUGGGGAAGUCAAGGUACCACUUUGCCAGAUUGAUUUGGCACAGACUAUUGAGGAAUGGCGAGAGCUGCAGAGUGUCGAGGGUGAGGGUGGACAGGACAACAAACUGGGCGAUAUCUGCUUCUCCCUCCGCUACGUCCCAACCGCUGGAAAACUGACAGUCGUAAUUCUCGAGGCGAAGAAUCUCAAGAAGAUGGACGUCGGCGGUCUCUCCGACCCCUACGUCAAAAUAGCCCUCAUGCAGAAUGGAAAGCGAUUGAAAAAGAAGAAGACAUCCAUCAAGAAGUGCACCCUCAACCCUUACUACAACGAAUCAUUCUCAUUCGAGGUUCCCUUCGAGCAGAUUCAGAAAGUAAAUCUCAUGGUAACAGUCGUUGAUUAUGACCGUAUUGGGACAUCUGAACCAAUCGGUAAAGUCAUCCUCGGUUACAAUGCAAGUGGCACUGAAUUGAGACAUUGGUCUGACAUGCUGGCAUCCCCCAGACGUCCGAUCGCACAAUGGCACACACUCAAGGACCCCGAGGACGGUGAUAAGAAGGAUUAAGAUCACUCCACCCCCUGAGCGAGCUGCGUUAUCCUCGGAACAAACCCCAAGCUGAUACUUGCAAGGAGACGAUGAUUUUUCAGGAAAUAAUGUCAUCACGAUCGCAACAAUUCUGAAAUUCUGAAAUUAAUCGAAGAAUCUGAACAACUGCUUGCGAAAGAGGAGAUUCCGAUGCACGAAUUUGAAGACAACUUGAUCUUUUUCUCGGUAUGCACUAUUUAAAUUAAAUGAAACGAUGGAAGAGAAAUAAAUUAUAUGAAUUAAGCGGUAAAAAUGAGUAAAAAUGACCCCACGCCUCCAGCUUGCGAACAUAAAUAAACUUAUAUAUAAAUAAAUAAAAUGAGAAUGUAUCACGUAAUUGUAUCAUUCCAUUUAAUAAUUAUGAUAAUAAGAACAUUAGUGCGACAAUGUACUGUACAUCAUAGAAGUUAUUAUUAUAUCGUAAUUAUGUAAUAAAUAUUGUUGUUAACAUAAAA